AUGUCUCCCUACCGCCUCCGCGCCACCUGCCCACCGCGCACCAAAAUCGCCGUCGUCCGCUCCCAGCACCUCCACUCGACCCCCAUCCGCGCCUUCCCCCGCAAAGACGACCAAGACCGCGAGAGCCUGAACCCCCAGAGCACCGAGUACAGCAAGAGCGGGUCCGACGACGCCGCCGCGGGCGGCGAGGCAGCGUUUGAUCCGAGCACGACGAGUCCUGAGGCCGAGAAGGAGAGUGGGGAGAAGGAGGCUGGGAAGCACUCGGCGUUGAACGUUAGUCCUGGAAACCGGGAGGUUAGCGAGGCGAGGGGAUCGGAGGAGGGGGGUGCGCAGAGUAGCCCUGGGAAGGAGGGGAGUGAGAGGAGUCGGACGAGUGGUGGGGGGAGCGCGCCCAAGGCUGGGGGCGGGCAGUCUGGGUAG